UAUGUUGUCUGCACAUAACUAGGCCUGACAAUUAUAGAACAAUUACGCAAUCUGUCAAGUACUUUAGUCUUGGCGUUUCAUGGUAUUGUACUGAAUGUGCCAGUUAAUAGCUCUUUCAUUCCAUAUUGGAGUUCUAUAUUAGACAUAUGUCUACAUUAUCAUACACAUGUGCUGAUAGAAAAUAUGGAUUUUAAAAUGAUGAACGACAUCAGCUGACUGGCGGUUCUCAUGUUGUGAACUACUUCCGUGUUUAUUGCGUGGUUAUUUUUGUGAGAUAUGGGCUCCUCCUUCGUCGCCUGGUGCUUGCUCUGCUUGCUGACCGCCAUCAGAGAUGUUCAACCACAGGCUUUCUACCAACCGGAACAGAUUCAUCUUUCCUAUGCAGCCAAACCGACCGAGAUGGUGUUCACGUGGGUGACCUUCACUGACACAGGUUCCGUGGUAGAAUAUGGUCUCUCGUCUAGUCAGCUCGACAUGUCAGCUAAAGGAGCAUCUGAGGAGUUUAGAGACGGAGGCAAAGAGAAACGAAUUAUCUUCAUGCACAGGGUCACUGUGACAGGAUUGUCAUCGGGACAAAUGUACAAUUAUCAUGUGGGCAGCCCAAACGGCUGGAGCUCCCUCUAUACAUUCACAGCAAUGAAGAAUGGGACAGACUUCAGUACAACCUUUGCCCUCUACGGUGACCUUGGCAAUGGUAAUGGAAGGUCAAUGGGGCUGCUGCAGAAGAUGGCAGAGACGGGCAAGUUUGACUUCGUGGUUCACACUGGCGACUUUGCUUAUGACAUGCACGAUGACAAUGCGAGAAAGGGAGACCAGUUCAUGCGUCAGAUCGAGUCCAUAGCAACCUAUGUUCCUUACAUGACCUGCGUUGGUAACCACGAAGCAGCUUACAACUUCUCUAAUUAUAAAUACCGCUUUACAAUGCCUGAUGCUGGCGGGGAUGGACGUGGCUUAUGGUACAGUUACGAUGUGGGACCCGUCCAUUUCAUAGCCUGGGACACGGAGGUUUACUAUGAAAACCAGGGUCCUGAUGACAUUGUCGGGAAGCAAUAUGGAUGGUUGGAGGAAGAUUUGAUAAAAGCCAACCGUAACCGAGAGAUGCGUCCAUGGAUCAUCACAUACGGCCAUCGACCAAUGUACUGCAGCAAUACCUUCAGCGGCCAGAAAGAAUUGGACCAUUGUAUCAAUCCUUCAAAUCCAAUCCGGGUGGGCGAUCCUUCUAAAGGAUGGCAGGGUGUUGAAAAUCUGUUUUAUAAGUAUGGCGUCGAUGUGCAGGUGGCCGCUCAUGAGCACUCCUACGAGAGGAUGUGGCCUGUCUACAACAUGAGGGUUUGUAAUGGUAGCAGGGCCCCAUACACAAACCCUAAUGCCCCGGUCCAUAUCGUCACUGGAUCCGCAGGUAACUCAGAGCACCAGUCCCCUUUCUUCCGUGUCCCCUGGGUGUGGAGUGCCAAGCGAUCUGAUGACUACGGAUUCAACAUAAUCAAGGUUCACAACAAGACUCACAUUAAUAUACAAUUCCUCUCACAAAAUAAGGAUGGUGCUAUAAUAGAUGAGAUCAUGCUAAUAAAAGAUCAACACGGUGAAGACAUAUACACCUGUGGUGCGGGAAUGGACACCGACUAUGACGCGCGCAAGAAAAGCGAGUUCCAAAAAAUUGUCAAUUACUUCGAGUAUAAGGCGAAGAAAUUGAAGGAAAAAGAAAGACGAAUGCAAAUGGAAAAUGACUUUUAUUUUGAAGAUUUUGAGCGAUUAUGAUCGAUAAAAAUCAUCGGCGUUGACAAUGAAAAUCACAUUUACUGUUCGGGGUUCACUGCCUUGAUUAUACCGUUCGUUCGAGUUAAACUGAGACCGCGCAGUGCCUUUAUCCAUUGAGAGUCGUCACUACAGCAGGCCUGGUUCACUGCCUUGAUAAUACCGUUCGUUCGAGUUAAAAUGAAAGACUGUAGAGACGAUAACGAACUGAUGCAAAUUCUGUCACGGAGGAGUCUUGUAUUGAAUAUGGCGUCGAGAACGAAUAUGAUUUAAUUAAGGCGCCAUCUUUAAAUAAUGUGAUAAGAAUACUCCGGUGAUCCUGUAACUGCUUUUUGAUAUGCAUAUUUGUAAGUGAUAAAUAAAGCACUUUAAAUUGACAA